CCUCCAUCAUCGAACAUGUGGGAAGAAGACGAAGACAUCGAUAUUUCCGGCCCCCUCUACCCUUGCCGUGUCUUGGAGAAGGGGAGCGUGCGAACAUCCCGAAAGUCGGUCGAUGUCUUGAAAUCGAGUCCAACGACCAGGGUUGUCGUCGGGACAUACCAGGGCCAAGCCGUCGCCAUCAAGCGGUUUCAGAAGCCACCAUAUUCGAAGCAUAACCCUUUGGUCGCCUUCAACUGGGAAGUCAAGGUAUGGGCUGAACUCAACCAUCCCAGGAUAUCGAAGCUUAUCGGCAUCUACUUUUCCAGCGGUAUAGCAAUGACGGUGUCCCAGCUCGAGGUGAACAGGGACCUUGUCACCUUCAUGUUCACACACCCUCCGGUUGAGCUCCCUAUCAAGGUCCGAUGGAUGGCGGAUAUAGCAAGGGGUCUUGAGUACCUUCAUGCAAAUCGAUUCGUCCAUGGAGACAUCAAGCCCACCCACGCCCUCCUGGACGACCAACUGCGUGUCAGCCUGACAGAUUUUGUUUGCGCUUUCAAGAUCCGCGAGGGUCUAGAAGGCAAUUCCAUGAUCGAGAACAAGGAAUUCGACCCCUUUGGAACCUACGAGUAUAUGGCCCCGGAGUUGGUCCGGAGCCAUAUUCCUUUGUGUCCAAACUUCAACUCUGAUGUCUACGCUGUUGGUGUCUCUUGCUGCGAAAUCCUGCUCGAUGGCAGAGACGCAUGGGACGAACCAGUCGAUGAUAUCGACACAAUCCGUCGAUUCCACCAGGCCUCCAAGCGACCGACCAUAUCCGGAGGAAUCGACCGUCGGCUUCGACGCAUUAUCGAAGACUGUCUCUCGGUCAAGGCAACAACUCGACCCAGUUCCGCUGACCUGCAUUCUAGGUUCAUGGAAUUACUCGACACCCAUGACGAAACAUCGUCAGCGCCACCCAGCGCUCCGCCUUCGGAAACGAGUGUUGAAACUCAAGCCCGACUCGACCCCGAAGAUCAAUUCUUUGAUGCCGACGGCGAGUUCAUCGACAUGGAACCAGAGGGCCUUGAAGAAGGUGAAAUCGUCGAGGAGUAUAUCCACACAGGCGAGGCCAUGCAUGUUGAUUCAGACCAAGAUACCAUUGUCGAUGAUCCGAUGAAGAGACUGACCACUGCCCUGCAAAACGAGUCAUUCUCCGAUGCUAUGGAAAUCAUCGAAGGACUCGACACAUCGCAACCCGACACGUACACCAGCGAUUCCUGGACAGAUGUAUUUUCCGCCUGCAAGGAGAAGGAUGACGAGCAACAGAGAUUCAAGAGGUGGGAACUUGGAUACGCCUUCAUCCUUGGAUGGCUCCAUCAUCUUGGAUUGGGAACCGAGCAGGACAACAAGCUUGCAACAAACUCCUGGUUUCGGGUCUCCAAUUUCUCAAACCAAGACGACCUCCUUUCCAAAGCGCUCAAGUCAAUGGCAGAUCUGUUGAAGAAUUGGUGUCAGUGUUUGGGCAUCGGCAUCCGGGAAAACUGGGGACAUUUACAUUCGUUUGAAGCUUCGAUGGAGCAAAACCGAGCGACCUGGGAAUCGUAUCCGGAAAUCCGUUGGCUGUCGAUCUGGUGUCGCUUCGCCUCGAGACGCUCUACCUUUGCCAGAAUUAUCCUCAUUCAAUGUCACUCACUGGGCUUUGGGACUGAACGCUCCAACGAUACCGCCAUCGGUAUGGCGUGUGAACUCGUCGAUAGAGAACCCACCAAUGAAGCUACCCGCGCGGUCCUCGGAGAGCUCUACUUCGCUCAAGGCAACUACGAACGAGCAAUCGCAAAUUUGAUACAGGCUACGAGCUUCCCCAAGGCCCGAUAUUUGCUCGGUCAAUGCUUCGAACACGGAUACGGAGUCACCGCCAACGCCAAAAUGGCUCUCUUUCACUACAAAAGCAAGCCCGCUUCCAAAUACCAACCCAGCCGUGAGCGAGUGGUUGGCCUCAGUGUCCAGUGA